AGCAACACCAGCAGCGGCAGCAGCGCGUUACAGGAGGAAAUUAGAUUAGAUUUAAACUGACCAAAAUAAAUCAGGCGGCAAAACGGAAGUGCUGGAAUAAUAACACAGGUUGAAUGUGUUUCUGCGUUUCUACUCAGCGCUGUGCGUUUUCUACCCUCACCGACCCAGAAAUCCCGCUGGAGCAUGACCGAGAAGAUGUGUCAAAGACGAAGUGUCAGGAGGGAAACUAUGUAAUGCAGCGAGACGUACUCGAACUAUCGGUUGACGGACAUAUCUUUGUCUUCAUUAGUGCGCAGCUUAACAUUCUGGCGCCGUCUGGUUUGGUAUUGCGAGUGCGAACAAAAUGGAGGGUAAUAAGCUGCGCAGUGUGUGUGGACCUGAGCUGGGCUAAGACUGUGUGCUCACCGUGGCUUUCACUGUGACUUAACUGUCGUCAGAAUGAUUUUGUUGGACGCCGACAGAAAAAAAGAAUAACAUUAACUCACUCAGCUCAGAGAAACCGGAUUUGGGACGCCGUUACUUUCAGAAUAAAAGCCCAGAGUGGGUCCCUGACUAACUGUAAAGUGUUUUGUUAUGGGAAACGCCUCUCCCACGGGUGCUAGCAAGGUAAAGCAUUAAAAGGAGGACCAGGGUACCACACAAUGACUGACUCGGGGGAUGCCGGAAGUGUCCCCUGUUCCUCCGGCUCCUCCAGCUGCAGCGGCGCCGGGCUGAGUGUCACCACGGGAAGAGGACUCUCAGGCACGGUCAGGAGUCUGUCCUCCCCGACUCCCCCUGGGAGACUGACGUCCCUCAGGACCAGGGACUUGACUCUGGGGGGAACCUUCAAAAAACCAAAGAAGACCUUUGAGCCGAAUGUCCACGCUGUGAGGAAGAGCAAAAAUGAGUUGAAGGAAAAGAUAAGCGUGGCUCCAAAAAAGGAGAGAAGAGAGAGGGAUGAGAGGAAAGGAGCGAGGGAAAACAGAGGGAAGAGGAGAGAGAGGCCUCAGACCAUCCAGUCUCACUCCAUCUUUGAACAGGGUCCCGCUGGCGUUGUAUGCAAAACAGGUUGGCGUGGCGCUGCAGACCUCCGUGACUCCACCCCCUCUCCUGUGUGUAAACUGGUGAAGAAAGAGAGGAGGCAUUCAGAGGAGGAGGAGGAUGAGGAGGAAGAUGAGAUACUCAAGAAACUACAGAGGGAUGACUUCAUUGACGACCCAGACCUGAGGAACGAUGCCAAGCUCAAGCCCAUCCAGCUGCCUCUGUGUCAGUCCAGCAGCUUCAAGAGUGAAACGCUGUCGACCACAACAUGUCCAGAGAACCCUCCUUUGUCCAGACCCCCAGUAUGUGGAGCUCGGGGUAAAGUGAGUCACAGCGCUGGGACAGAGCUGCCCAAACCAGGGCACCCAUCUCUAGUAGACCUGCUGCAGGACCUCAGCCUGUCUGGCAGAGAGGAGCUCUUCUUCAUGCAGCUACCUGACUGUAUGCCAGGCAGAGCGUCUGGACAGACGGUGGUGGACCCCGCUGGUGGAUCCACGACGGAGAAACCUGCAAAGAAGGAAGUCAAGUCUGAAGACAGGAGGCCUGCGUGUCUUCAAUCACAACAGGCUGUGGUGAAGGAGGACUGUCCCGUGCUGUCACAGUUCCCAGAGGGAUUUCUGGGUAAACUGCAGAUCAGGAAGUCAGGAAAGGUGGAGCUGAAGCUGGGCGACAUCGUCAUGGACGUCUCCGAGGGAGCUGCCUUCUCCUUCCUGCAGAAACUGGUGUCCGUGCGUCUGUCCGAUGGGAGGACUGGAGACAUGAUGGUGUUGGGGAAUGUCAACCACAAGCUGGUCUUAUCCCCUGACUUCCAGGCUUUACUGAGACAAGCUUCAGCACAGCAGCAGAAAGGAUCCUGAUGACACUCAGCAGGUCUGAAACUCUGAAACAGAACUUUCUAAGGCAGCUACUACAUAAACCUGUUCUUCUUAUUAUAUGACUCAGUCACAUACUGUUACCUGAGCACUGGUUACACACGUAUAGAUGUGAGAGGAGCAUGCACCUUCAGUCCUACACACACCAGCACAGAACACAGCCCACAUGAUGGUGAGCUUCAGACUGACUGAACACCAGCAAGAGAGAACAUCCUGGUCCAUCACAGUAUCCAGAUGGAAGAGGUCAAAGGUCAGUAACCAGGCUUGUUCUCACGUGACUGAGGCUGCUCCUCAGGACAGGUGACACCUGGGCUGUGUGAAGCAACGUGGCACCGUCUGUAGUUUGUUGCAUUAAUCAUGUAACAUUUGUAUAUGUAUUUGAUAUGUUACCAUGUUUGUCUCAACAUCAUUUGCUAUAUCAUUUUAGAUUAUAGAGUACGGUGUAGACCUGCUCUAUAUGGAAUGUGCCUUGAGAUCAUUUGAAUUGAGGUCAGCCUCACAGAGCAGCUGAACAGCAGCUGUAAAUCCAGAUGUUGCUGAUCUGCAGUGGUUGAAGCCCUCACCGUUUGAACAGUACAAGGCAAACUGUUAACUGUUAACAUUUAAUAAGUAACAGCAGUUGUAGAAAUUAACAGCUGCUUUUUGACUAGUUAGAAGUCAAAGUUAUUCAUAAUAUACAGUUCAUUUCUCAGCAGCUGAUGUUUUACUAGUGGAAAUGUUCAUUGUAGGUAUCUACACUUGUUCUUACAUCACAGAUCAUAAACGGAACCCAUAUAUAUCUAAUCUUCAGUUACAAAACCUUCAGUGGGUUUGGAUGUAAAAAAAACUGCUUUAAGGUCGUUGAUGGCUUCACCUCCUGGUUUUCCCUCCUGUGUGUCAGACCUCAGACACAAACCUGCCGGCUGAUCCUGACUCUUUCAUGUUGAGGUGUCAUAGCUGUGCUUUGAGGAGCUCACGCUCCCCACAUCUGGCUUUAAAUCACUUUUUAAAACUCUUGUCUUACUGACUAUCAAUCAUCUGAGAUGUUUUAUAAACUGUACAUAGAUUCUGAGUGACUGGUUUCUGCCUGUAUUCAAUUUCGGAAUCUUCGUUUUUAUUUAUAUGUGAAGUCCUUUUUACAUGGUUUUGAGAAAUGCAAUGAAAAUAAAUUUUAUUAUUAUUAAAUUAAAUUUAGUUUUAUUAUCUAUAUAUCUAUAUCUGUAGCAAAGCUGGAUUCUAAUGAGUCUACCCAAGUAGAACUGAAAGUCCUGAUUCUGCCAUCUGAACUAAAGGAAAAUGAUAAACUCACUGAAUUUAUACGGCACUUUUCUAGUGUCAUCAACCACUAAGCACCGAUGAUACAUUGGGGGCAAUUAGAGGCUCAGACUCUUGCCCAACUCUGCCUCCUGAACCAGGAGGUCGAUGGGUCGUAUUAUUAAUAUUGUGACAUUUCUCAUGUGUUCACUGUGAUGGAGAUGUGCUGUA